UCAGGCAAGGCACGGCAUUCUUCAAGCAACCACAGAGUGCAGUUUCAGUUUAUUCGUUCCAUAGUUCUUACACUUUCAUUCUGUUUUCGUAAUUCCUCGCCGUUAGCCUACACAUGACUCGGGAAAUAGACACUAAGCGAUUAAUUUCGUUAGUGAAAGAACGGCCAGUAAUAUGGGACAAAACUCUGGAAAAUUACAAGGUCAGGAUUCAUACGAAAAAUGCGUGGAUUGGUAUAUUCAAGGAAUUGAAUGGUUCGUAUCAAGGCAUGAACUACAGGGAAAGAACUGAAUAUGGCAAAAGUGUUAUGAGAAAAUGGACCAACGUUCGAGAUUCAUUUCAUAAAAGCGAAAGGAAGAACACUUCUUCCUUUAAAUCAAGAUUUGGAAAACAGACAACUUCAACAUACAUUUACGGACAAGAAUUACAAUUUUUAAAGAAAGCGUCCAGCGGAUGUCCUACUGAAGUCAGUAAGCCAGUCGUUAAUGAAGAUUCUAAUUGUAUCACUGACUCUUGCAGUGAGGAAGAUAGUGAACUGAAGGAAACGGUCCCAAAAAAUAAGGGAACGCAUAAACAAGAUACCGUGGAACAGCGGAUGGCGGACGUUUCUAAACAACAUUCAGAUCGCCAUAUAUCGUUUUUCAGAGGUAUAAUUCCAUCGUUAGAAACAUUCGACGAUGAUGAGAUAGUAGAAUUUCAGCUAAAUGUUCUUCAGAUCAUUGCAAACAUUAAAAAACGAAAGAGGACAUCAACAAAUAUUAGUGAAGCUAUUAACGUUUCUCAGCAUCGACAGGCACAAAGCCCAUCUAUACCUGUUCAUUCCUCAUGCCAGAACCUUCAGCAUGUCUUCAACCCUGCCGAUGAGCAGAUAUCUUCAGGAACUGGAACCACCCUGUAUUGUGACAGUGUAGAACAGAAAUGUUCACGACCGCCUUCCAGUCUACCCAAUGCAUCAGACAAUUUAGAAAAUUCGUGAUUCGUAUGGUUUUACUAUUAUGUAAACAACAAAACCUACACUUAUGUUAAAUCUUUUGUGAUGCUCG